AUGACCGAGACACAGAACACGAGGUCGUUAGCUGACCGCCCGAAACGAGAUGCUGCGAAGAAGUGCUUUCAUAACAUCCAGUUCCUCAACGGGGUUGAUAGCAGUGCCAAGGCUGACCCGCCCAAGAAAGACAUCACCAUGAAUUUGCGUCAGGUACGAAAGCCAACCAAGGAGAUGCAAGAGGCGAAGGAAACGAGCGGAGCGAAGAAGGCAGUCGCGCAUCACAGCUCUACUUCUGAAUCAGAUAAGAAGAAGCAUCACUCACACGACAACCUCCCGGCCAUCGCGGUCGACAAGGGGAUACGCAAACUUGACCUUUCUGCUCUCAAGAAGUAUAAGAGGCACUUUGGACUCAAGACUGGACCAGCCAGCAGUAACAAGGAGGACCUUCAGGCUGCAGUCAUCAAGCACUUCGCAAACGUCCUUCGUGCUGAUGCGUCGAAGGUAGAGAAGUCAUUUUUGAAGAGAAUCCGGGAUAACAGGAGCAAGUGGGAGAUCCACGAUACAGAGAGCGAGAAGGGAUGGGAGAAAGGAUUCAACUAUCAUGUCGAGGACUCCGCUGCUCCCGCUUUGUUGCUUUUCACUGUAUCAUGA